AUGGCUGAGAAUGCAAAUAAUGGUGUCGACAACAAUGAAAAUCUAGGUAACGCAGCAGAUGAGGCUGAUCCGUCAUUGAGAAAUUAUGUACUCCUUACUGUUAUGGGGAUACAUUCAAGUAUUUGUCCUCCUACUAUCGAGGCGAAUAAUUUUGAGAUAAAACCUUUGAUUAUUAAGAUGGUACAGAAUUGUGUACAAUUCAAGGGAUUACCAAAUGAGGAUCCAAAUCUCCACAUCACCAACUUUUUAGAGCUGUGUGCAACCUUCAGAAUGAAUGGAACGAGUAACGAUGCUGUCAGAAUAAGAUUAUUCCCGUUUUUGUUAAGAGACAGAGCUAAGAAGUUGCAAAGGAAGUACCCACAUCAUGGAAUAGAGAAGUGGUUGUUGGUGCACACAUUUUAUAAUGGUUUGGGGGGAAAUACAAGGACCAUUAUUGAUGCAGCAUCGGGAGGAGCAUUUAUGAGAAAAAGUGCUAAUAAAGCUUAUGAAUUACUGGAAGAGAUGGCCAUGAACAAUUACAAUUGGCCCACUGAGCGUAAGAAUAAGAAGGUGGCAAGAGUCUUAGAGGUCGAUCCUAUUGCUUUAUUGACUACUCAAGUGGCAUCUCUAACCAAGUACAGAAUGGAAUGA